AUGUACUUGGACCCAACCCUGGAGGACCUGUGCCAGUUCGUGAGAAAGUGCGGCCGGAAGGGCAUCCGGCGCCAGAGGUCGAAUCCCUGGAGUCGAGGCGAACUGGGGUCGUCCUUUCGCUCCAUCCUCAACAUCACUCACAAGACGUCUGUUCAGAGCUCCAGCAAAAUGAGCUUUCGGGGGAAGUCUGACAAGAACAGGGAGCUUGAGACUCUGGAGCUGCGGUCUAUUCACGAUGGGCAGUUCCCAGGGCUGCGCCGGUCGCGAAAGGGUCCUCCCGCCCUGAGCAGCUCCUUGACGCCCCCCGUGCCACACAAGGGCAAGUCAGCCCUCUCGCCCAAGGCCUACCAGGACGAUCCCUCGAGAACGCCCAGCCUCCACGACGCCCACCACCAGAUGCGCCUCAACCUGAGCAACUACCGCAACCGCACGCCCAAGCACCGCCAGAGGGCCAACCACCACCUCAGCAUCUCCUUUCUGAGGCGGAAGACGGAGGCGCCGAGCGGCCGGGAGCGAUCGCACUCGCCUUCGCCAGACACGCUCGUCAAGGUUCUCGAAGUCGACGAGGCUUGCGAGGAUCCGUGUCUGACGGCGCACUCGACGCUGAAGUCGCGCGACGUCGGGAGCGAAUCGACCUGCUUUGCGUGUGAAAGGACUUACGAAAGCGGCAUCGGCCCUCUUGGCGCUGACCUGCCUCGAGACAACAAAGGAAUUAUCCUAAGGUGCGCGCCCGACAUGAAAGAAAACGGGACGAAACGCGGCGAAAACGGGAACGAAAACGGGAAGCCAUGCUCGAUCGAGGCGGCGAAUGCGCCCGGCGAAGGAGCCGCGGACAGAGAACAUUCGUCUAAGCACGAUGUUUGCUAAGGUGUCUACUGUACGUUAAGUUGAUUUAUUAUGUACAUAUAUCUGUCUAAAUGUGAAGGUGACGCAUGAGCGCAGGACCAUCGUAAAGUGUACCUGAGUCUUGAAAUAAAGCGCAGCUCUAUAUUUCCACGCCCUUUAGCGGAUGGGUCUCCAUUAGGCGGCGAGGAGGUUGCGCGUGAAACCGCAGAAGGGAUUCCUGGAAUCUUAUUAUUUCAUUUUUAUUAUCAUAAACCUUUAUAUGUAGAAUUAUCACACAGGGCUGACUUAGUUCGG